AUGGCCUCAAGAUCAAAUCUUUCUUCACUUGAAACUUUAGCCACAUUCAUAGUGUUUUUCCUGUUUUUCCUCCCAAGUCAGUCCCUUAAUGUUGAAGUUCAAGCCCUCCUUGAUUUCAAGAGUCAUCUGGUUGAUCCUCUCAAUCAUCUAGAUUCAUGGCAUGAUUCAGAUUCGCCUUGUCUGUUUUAUGGAGUUACCUGCGACAAGAACACUGGUUUGGUCACAGAAAUUUCACUUGAUGAGAAGUCUCUAUCAGGGUUUAUAUCCCCAUCCAUUUCUGUACUCCAGAGCCUUACUACUCUGUGGCUUCCAUCAAAUGCAUUAUCUGGUGUUCUUCCUGAAGAAAUAAUAAACUGCACCAAUCUCAAAGUCCUGAAUGUAACUGGGAACAACAUGAAUGGCACCAUUCCUGAUUUAUCGACGUUGACAAAGUUGGAGAUUCUGGAUUUAUCCGUCAACUACUUUUCAGGGGGAUUUCCGACAUGGGCUGGAAGUUUGAUCAACUUGGUUUCAUUAGGCCUUGGCGACAAUGAUUAUGAUGAAGGUGAGGUUCCGGCUAACCUUGGAAAUCUGAAGAACUUGACCUGGCUUUACUUGGCAGGUUCAAAUUUGAUAGGAGCAAUCCCUGAUUCCAUUUUUGAGCUCCAGGCAUUGGGAACUCUGGAUAUGUGUAGGAAUAAAAUUAUUGGAGAUUUUCCCAGGUCGAUAAACAAGCUUCGAAAUCUUUGGAAAAUUGAGUUGUACCAGAAUAAUUUGACUGGACAACUUCCAUUAGAGCUGGCAGAAUUGAGCCACUUGCAAGAAUUUGAUAUCUCGUUGAAUCAAAUGCAUGGUACAAUACCUCCAGAAAUUGGCAAUCUGAAAUACUUGACAGUUUUCCAUUUGCACAUUAAUAACUUCUCUGGGGAGUUCCCUCCGGGAUUUGGUGAUAUGCAACAUCUCAAUGGCCUUUCCAUUUACAGGAAUAGCUUUUCAGGACCAUUUCCUGAAAAUCUUGGCAGGUAUUCGCCACUGAAUAGUGUAGACAUAUCUGAAAACCAGUUUUCUGGUGGAUUCCCAAGAUACUUGUGCCAAAAUGGCAACUUAGAGUAUUUGCUUGCUUUACAAAAUAAUUUCUCAGGGGAACUACCUGACAAUUAUGCUGAUUGCAAGGCGUUGAAAAGGUUGCGGAUCAACCUGAAUCAGCUCUCAGGGAAUGUACCGGCAGGAUUGUGGGCUCUUCCUUAUUUAGAGAUGAUUGAUUUCAGUGACAACAACUUCAACGGAACAAUGUCUCCAGGAAUUGGGGACGCUAAGAAUUUAAAUCAGUUGAUACUGACCAACAAUAGAUUUUCUGGGAAUAUUCCAAAAGAAGUAGGCAGGCUGGUUUCAUUGGAAAGGCUUUACUUGAAUAACAACAGUUUUUCUGGUCUCAUACCAUCUGAACUUGGUGGUCUGAAGCAGAUCUCUUUUCUUCAUUUGGAAGAGAACUCACUUAGAGGAUCUAUACCAGUGGAGUUGAGUCAAUGUUCGAGACUGGUGGAUAUCAAUUUGGCGUCAAAUCAGCUAAAUGGAGUUAUACCAAAGUCCCUUGCUUCUAUGAGCUCCUUGAAUUCCCUGAAUCUUUCCAAUAACCAACUGAUAGGCUUAAUUCCAGUUAAUUUGGGGAAGCUGAAGCUUUCGCUAUUGGACUUAUCAUAUAAUUUGCUGUCAGGAUUUGUUCCAUCUGACCUGCUAAGAAUGGGAGGGGACAAAGCAUUCAGUGGAAAUAAGGAACUCUGCAUCGAUGACAGUACUCGAAUCUCCAUGAACUCGAGAUUGGAUGCUUGCAGUAGAAGGACUAAUCACCAAAACAUUAUGAAAAGCAGGCUUUUCAUUACAUGCUUUGUACUAUUCAGUGUAGUGUUGGUUUUGGCUGGCCUAUUGCUAGUAAGUUACUGUAACUUUAAGCAUGGCCAAACAGAUAUUGAAAACAUGGGUGAUGGAAGGAGACUAGAUCCAAAAUGGAAGCUUGAGAGUUUCCAUCAAAUCGAGCUCGAGGCAGAUGAAUUGUGUGAUCUGGAUGAAGACAAUCUGAUUGGAAGUGGUGCCACAGGGAAAGUUUAUCGCCUUGAUCUGAAGAAAGGUUGUGGUACUGUGGCUGUGAAGGAACUGUGGAAGGGUAAUGCAGCGAAUGUUUUGGCCAGAGAAAUGGAAAUUCUGGGAAAGAUUAGGCAUAGGAAUAUUGUGAAGCUUUAUGCGUGUCUUAGUAGAGGAGGAUCACAUUACUUGGUACUUGAGUUCAUGGAAAAUGGCAAUCUUUUCCAAGCACUUCACAGGGAAAUCAAGAUUGGAAGGCCAGAAUUAGACUGGUCGCAGAGAUACCGAAUUGCACUUGGAGCUGCAAAAGGAAUUGCAUACCUGCACCAUGAUUGUUUCCCAAGUAUCAUUCACAGGGACAUCAAAUCUACCAACAUUUUGCUCGACGAGGAUUAUGAAGCAAAAAUUGCUGACUUCGGCCUUGCAAAAGUUGCUGGCGCUUCACGGACUUCAGAGUUCAGCUAUUUUGCCGGCACUCAUGGUUACCUUGCACCCGAGAUGGCUUAUACACUGAAAGUAACCGAAAAGAGUGACAUAUACAGUUUUGGUGUGGUACUACUAGAACUGAUAACUGGUAGAAAACCAAUCGAGGAUGCAUUUGGAGAAGGAAAGGACAUAGUCUAUUGGGUAUCCAGUCAUCUCAGCGAUCGAAAAGACAUUCUCAAAGUUCUUGAUCCUAAGAUAGCCUGUGAUAUUGUUCAAGAUGACAUGAUCAAGGUGCUGAGGAUUGCAACACUUUGCACUGCUAAGCUACCGAAUCUGCGGCCGAGUAUGAAGGACAUUGUGAAGAUGCUCAUGGAUGCUGAGCCUCUCGCAUUUAAGUCCAUAGAUAGCUCUGAUACAGAUGCAAAGCUUGUUUUUCUCACUUGUUCUGUCCGCUCCGCGAGGCUUCUCCGAAGUCCGACCGACGACUUGGGUGUUCAGGUUCCUGUGAAUCCUUCCUUCAGAUCAUUCACAGAGAUUGUUGGUGGAAAUGGGUUUGUAUGUGCUUUGAGUUCAUCUUCUUCCUCCAAUUCAAUUAUGGUCUGCUGGAGAUUCUCAAUAAAUGGUAAUAGUACUUAUAAGAGGAUUUAUACUGGUCCUCGAGUGGAAGAACUGGAUUCUGGAAAAUCCCACAUUUGUGGUCUGAUUGACGGUAAUAGCACUAACUUGUUGGAGUGUUGGCAGUCGCAGAACUUCCGUUCAACUGGAAACAGCUCAAUUGCUUCAAAUGUUGCUGUUGGAGAAAAUUUUGUUUGUGGUCUGUCGAAAUCAGGACAACUUCAGUGUUUAGGAAGUUAUACUAAUGUUACGGAUCAUGUCCCGGCGGGAAAUUACAGUGUCGUUGCAGCCGGUUCUCGCCAUGUUUGUGCCAUAUCCACUGAAGGUAGUGUUGAAUGCUGGGGAGAUAUGGUAGGAGUGAAGCCUUCUGGAGAGUUCAUAGCGCUGGCAUUGGGUGAUGAUAGCAGCUGCUUUUUGAGGCUUGAUGGGAAAGUGUUCUGUUUUGGAGCAAACAAUUUUAGUCUGCCUAAUUAUUUACAGGAGACUUUGUUUGUAUCCUUGGAGGCAAAAGGGGAUGUCUUUUGUGGUCUGACAAUGGCAAACUACUCAUUGUAUUGCUGGAGAAAAGAUGGCAGUCUGAGCUUGAAUUCGGCUGUUUUCGAGGAUGUAGUUCCGGGCAAGUGUAGGAAACAGUGCCCUUGUGAUCCUCUGCCAAAUUACGGAAGAUAUUGUAGUCAGGGGAUGAUGAUUUGUCUUCCCUGCAUCGGAAAGCCAGCGGCAUUGCCUCCAUCGCCGCCCUCGCCAUCACCAGAAUUGGUUUCAACACCUCAAACAACCACAAAUGGUGGAAGUUCAAAGUGGAACAAGAAAAUGGUGGCAUUUAUGGUUGUUGGUUGUUUUGGUUCUCUGUCACUGGUAAUAGUCCUCUGUUACUUGGUUUUGAAAAACUGCAAGAUGAAUAAAAGAUUGAGCCGCCGUGUCCAUGAUUCGGGUCCAAUGGAUGAUCCUGCCCUAGCUCCGCGACAACCGGUAGCAGCAUUGGACAAGAAACUAAGCCAAAUGAUUAGUAUGGGGAGCCCUUUGGAAGAAUAUUCUCUAGAAACUCUGCUGGAAGCCACAAAUAGUUUCUCAGAGGAGCACAAGAUUGGCACUGGAAGUUUUGGUUCGGUUUACAUGGGAAGGCUGCCUGAUGGCAGUGAAAUCGCCAUAAAGAGAGCUGAUAUCUCAUCAGCUACACUACAAGAUCAUGCAGUCGGCCGAACACAACGGUACAAGGCCAUUCACAUGAAUGAGAACGGCGUUCCAAGAAAUGUGGUCGAUUUUGUGGUUCCGUAUAUAGUUAAAGACGAUGUUCACAGGGUUUUGGAUCCUAGAGUGCACCCUCCAACACCGAUCGAGAUAGAAGCAGUUGCAUAUGUAGGAUAUCUAGCUGCAGACUGUGUAACAUUAGAAAGUCCAGACAGACCCACCAUGACAGAAGUUGUAAAUAGGUUAGAACGAGCCUUGGCUGCUUGUUUGGCGUCACCAAAUGUGUCCCGGUCCACCUCCACUACCCCUUCCGAGUAG